AUGCCACUCGUCAAAAUUUUUGCUCGUAAUACUCUUAGCAAACCAGUUCCACUUACCGCCCUGCAAUCCAAACUAUGUGACAUUUGGGGUACCAAACCCAACACUACGAAAUUGAUCCUCCAACGAUGCGAAGAUUGGACGGAUGAAAGUUUCCAAGAAGAUUGCUAUGUCGAUAUUAGAGCCUAUGGGAAGGCCGAAAGAACCCGAGAAAUGGUGUUGGAUGGUAUGCACAAAAUUCAUGGUGCCUUUGGAGAACACGAUUUGAUAGCUAAUGUGAGAUUGGAGACCUAUGAUGGAGAGCGAUAUUUCCACGUACCGCCGACACAAAAGUAG